AUGGUUCCUCAAGGUCAACAUAGAGGUAGAUUUAAUGCACCAACUCAAGUAGAAAUGGCUGUAGUAAUGAUUGGAGAAGAAUAUGGAAAUCGUGAUAUAGUUUUAUCUAGAAAAGAUGAAAAGUUACAACGAAUAAGUGAAACUCAUAGGUCUUACGAUUCUCUUGAAUAUCCACUGAUAUUUCUACACGGUGAAGAUGGUUAUGCUAUUGAUAUUUUGUCAUUUAAUGUUAAUUUAAAUGAAUACAAUAGUCAUAAAACUAUCUCUUCAAAACAGUUUUAUGCGUAUAGGCUGAUGGUGAGGCAUGAUAUCUACAAUCAUUUACAUAAUUAUAGACAACUUAUUAAUAAAUAUUGGGUUGAUAUGUAUGCCAAAAUAGAAUCAGAACGACUUUUAUUUAUACGGAAUAAUCAGUCAAAAUUAAGAGCGGAAGAUUACAUUCAUUUACGUGAUGCUAUAGAAAAUGAUGGUCAUGUGAAUGACAUUGGACAACUUUUUAUUUUACCUUCUUCAUUUACAGGAGGUCCAAGAUACAUGCACGAAAAAACGAUGGAUGCCAUGACUUACGUUCGUAAUUUUGGAACUCCAAAUUUGUUCAUUACAUUUACAUGUAAUCCAAAUUGGAUGGAAAUAAAAAGAGAACUCAAACAUGGUCAAACUGCACAAGACAGACACGAUAUUAUCGCUAGAGUUUUUCAUCAAAAAAUGAAAGUUCUAAUGAACUUAAUUGUGAAACAUCGUAUAUUUGGUGAAACUCAGUGUUAUAUGUAUACUGUUGAGUGGCAAAAACGAGGUCUUCCUCAUGCUCAUUUACUGGUUUGGUUAGUUGAUAAAAUUAGACCAAAUGAUGUCGAUGAUAUAAUAAGUGCUGAGUUACCAAACCCCGAAAUAGAUCCUGAAUUAUUUGAAAUAGUUAAAAAACACAUGGUACAUGGGCCAUGUGGUUAUAUGAAUCCAAAUUCUCCAUGUAUGGGAGAAAACCAAAAAUGUUCAAAAAGGUAUCCGAAAGCAUUUACUAACAGUACUAUUACUGAAUAUGAUGGUUAUCCUUUAUACAGACGAAGGGAUUUUAGAAGUGGUGGAUUUAAAUCAACUGUAUUACGAAAUUCGACCUUGGUGGAAAUUGAUAAUAGAUUUAUUGUUCCAUACAAUUCAUUACUAUUGAAAACAUUCAAUGCUCAUAUUAAUGUUGAAUGGUGUCAUUCAGUAAAAUCAAUUAAAUACAUUUGUAAAUAUAUUAAUAAAGGGUCUGAUCAAGCUAUAUUUGCAUUAACGAAUAAAUUUGAUGAAGUUGGAAUUUAUCAAAUUGGACGAUAUAUUAGUACCAACGAGGCAGUUUGGAAAAUAUUAGGAUUUCCGUUGCAUCAAAGGCAUCCAGUCGUACAGCACUUGGCAGUUCAUUUGGAAAAUGGUCAGAGAAUAUAUUUUUCAUCCGCAGAUAAUGUUCAGCAUAUUUUAAAUCAUUCAAAAAACACUACAUUAUUGGCAUUUUUUGAUUUGUGUCAAGUUGAUGAUUUUGCUAAAACAUUAUUAUAUCAUGAAGUGCCAAAAUAUUUCACAUGGGACUCAAAUAACCAUACAUUUAGUAGGCGAAAAAGAGGGAAACUUUUGGAAAAUAAUAUAUAUUCUACGGAUGCAAUCGGCAGGGUUUAUACAGUACAUCCAAAUAAUGCAGAAUGCUAUUUUUUGAGAUUAUUACUACACGUGGUUAAAGGCCCAACUUCUUUUCAAAAUUUACGAACGGUAAACAAUAUUAAUUAUCCAACUUUUCAACAAGCAUGCAAAACACUUAAUUUAAUAGAUGAUGACAGUCAUUGGUCAUUGACAUUGACCGAAGCUUCACUGAAUGAUUCGUCUUCAAAGUUACGAUAUUUAUUUGCACUCAUGUUGAGUGCGUGUCAAAUAUCAGAUCCACUUGAAUUAUGGAUUUUACACCGUAAUAGUAUGUCUGAUGAUAUUUUACAUCAAUCAAAGAUACUAGAUCCAAAUAGCACAUUUAACGAUACAAUAUAUAAUAAAACUUUGAGAUUACUUAAUAAUAUUUUAUUAAAAAUAAAUGGAAAACAAUUACAAUACUACAAUUUACCGUUGCCUGAAUGUGAUAGUAAUGAUAGUAAUGAUAGUAAUGUUAAUAUGGAUAAUCAAUUUGAAUAUAUGAGGGAAACACAAUAUGAUAAAUGUAGUUUGAAAACUGAUAUUUCCACUAACGAGCCAAGACUUACUAAUGAACAGAGAUGUGUAUUUGAUGCUGUCUACAAUUCAGUUCUUCGCCACGAUGGUAAAUUAUUUUUCAUCGACGCUCCUGGAGGAACUGUGUACUAUAUGGCUCAUAAAAAAGCUAUUGAAGCACUGAACCGUUCAUUGAUUGAUCUGACUGGUAAAAAUGAUAUCAUGGGUCGGAUUACGAUUGCAUUUUCGGGUGAUUUCCGUCAAAUUUUACCUGUUGUGCCUCGGGGUACUAAAACUGAUGAAAUACAUGUAUGUAUUAAAUCGUCAAAUUUAUGGGAACAUGUUAUUAGAUUGAAACUUACGUCUAAUAUACGAGUACAAUUAAGUAAAGAACAAGAUUCAGAUGAAUUUAGUAAGUUUUUAUUGGAUAUUGGAGAGGGAAAAUUACCGAUAGACGAAAAUAAUCAAAUUUCAUUGACCGAUGACUUUGGAAAAAUUAUUUUUAAUAUCCCUGAAUUAAUAAAUAGUAUUUAUCCCGACUUAACCAAUGUCACUUUAUAUCCUGAACAAUGUGUGAACUAUCCUUCUGAAUUUCUUCAUACUUUAAAUCCACCUGGUUUUCCACCGCAUGAGUUGAAAUUAAAAGUUGGAACACCCAUAAUAUUGCUCCACACUAUUGGAGUAAUAAUUCGCAUAGAAGACAUAGUAGACAUUGUAAAGCCAACCAAAACACUGAAACUACGAGAUGUUGUAAUAGCAGAUAAUACUGGAAUCGAGAUAACACUUACGCUAUGGAACGAAGAAGCUUCUUUAUUUACUGGACAAAUAGAAGACGUUCUAUCAGUUGAGAAGAGUAAAUUAGUUAUUUAUAAAAAAGGGAAAAAAUUAUCUGUAACGCAUUCUACUGUUAUACAAAUUAACCCUAAUUGGCCUGAAAAAGAGGUGUUAAAAGAAUGGUAUAAAAAGGAGGGCCGAUAUCAAGUCGAUAGAAUGGAUUUAACACAAUCAUCGUCAAUCGAUAACACUACAUUAAAUCAAUCAGAUAACGCAUAUUUAACAUCAGUAGAUGACAAGGUUAUUUCACAAAUAAUAGAAGACAAAAAGUCUACGAAGCGUCGUUUAGACGAGAUAUACAUCCUCCAAGAACAAUUGCAAAAUGAAAUUAAUGAACUUACAUUUAAAAAAAUCAGAUUAAAUCUCGAACGUCAAGCAGUAGAAAAUAGAAUUAUUAGUAGAAGGCAAUAA